AAGCUCACACUUCAGAAACAAAAUCCUUCUUACACUCUGAAACUCAGUUUCUCUUAAGCUGGUUCCAUAAUUAGUACUGGUUCCAUAAUGAGGGUGACAUUUAUUAUGGUGAUCAUAAUCUUAUUGUCCAUGAACCCAUUGCUGCAGGUCCGAGCUGCCAUUGACAUUCGUCGGGUGAGGCGGUUUGCAGCGAAGAAUAACGUGACAUGUGUCCUUGUGUUUGGAGAUUCGAGCGUUGAUCCGGGCAAUAACAACCAUCUCCCAUUGGCACCUAAAUGCAACUUCCCACCCUAUGGGAAGGAUUUCUUCAACGGCCGUGCUACCGGAAGGUUUAGUAAUGGCAGACUUGCCACAGACUUCAUUGCCAACACAUUAGGUUUUAAAGAAACAAUUCCAGGCUUUCUCGACCCAAAUUUGAAGAAGGAAGAUCUGGUUAAUGGCGUUAGUUUCGCAUCAGGUGGUGCUGGCUACGAUGGCUACACCACCAAUCUUUCAAACGCAAUACCUUUGACCAAGCAACUGGAGUAUUUCAAGCAUUACAAGGUACAGUUGAGACAAGUGGUGGGAGAGAAGAAAGCUGAAGAAAUAACCAGCAAUGCCCUAUUUGUUCUCAGUAUGGGCACCAAUGAUUUCCUCAAAAACUAUUACCUUGAUUCCUUUCGCUCCGACCAAUUCACCAUUGAACAGUACCAGAAUUAUCUCAUCUCUCGCAUGUCUCGUGCCAUCAAGGGAAUGUAUCGUCUAGGAGUAAGGAGAUUGGUUGUCGUGGGGCUACCGCCAUUCGGAUGUUCACCACUUGUCAAAACCCUAAAGGAUGAGACCAUCUGUGAUGAGAGUUACAACAAAGUUGCCCUCUCAUUCAAUUCCAAGUUAAAAGCAAAGAUGGCCGCUCUGAAAAACAUCAGAAAUUGCUAUAUAGAUAUAUACAGUAUCAUAGAGAGUGCAAUACAAAACCCCGGGAAAUAUGGUUUCUCAGAAACUAAAAAGGGGUGUUGUGGAACUGGAACUAUAGAAUACGCGGAUUCAUGCCGGGGUUUGAAUACAUGCACUGAUCGUACAAAAUACGUAUUCUGGGAUGCAGUUCAUUUGACAGAAAGCAUUUAUAAAAUCAUUGCUGAGGAGGCUAUUGAAGCAGUACUUAAUACUCAGCCAUAGUGCAUGUAUUUCUCUCUAUAUAUAUGAUUCAUGUGUGUGAUUCCCCCUAAAAAAUAUGUGUGCGCCUGGGCAAUCUUUCUAGCUAGUUGUGUUUCUUUUUGUACCAUGCUUGAAAAUGUUGGCUAGAAUAAAAGAUGUGAUCAUGUUUGAGUGCAUGCACUUUUAAUUCACUGCCUUUUCCUUAAUCUCAUGUAUUUAUAUUUGAAAUUCAAACAUUGUCAAAUGAAUUAAUCUAUAUUAAGGAAGAAAAUUUUGUGCUUA